AUGUCGGUUCAAGUCCCCUUCCACAACCCCGUCGAGGACCUCGUUCUCCCCGAACCUCAGAGACCAUCACUCCUCUUUGGCCCAACAGAUCCGCCCCUGGUCGAUCUGACACUCGGCGAACUACUCAACCUUCAAUGCCUCCAUCACGGCACGCGAGAAGGACUGGUGAUCCCGUGGACCGGCGCGAGAUGGACUUACAACGAGCUCAACCACCGCAGCCGGCUGCUGGCGGCCGCCCUGCUAGAAAUGGGUAUUGGCGUAGGCGACAGAGUGGGCAUCAUGGCGGGUAAUUGCGAGCAGUACGCCGCCGUCUUCUUUGCCGCGACGAGGAUAGGCGCCAUCUUAGUAAUUCUCAACAACACAUACACCCCGACCGAGGCGCAGUACGGUCUCGACUUUUCCGAAUGCAAGGUCUUCUUCACAACUAAACGCAUAGCGCGGCUCGACCAAGGGCCGCUGCUCACCCAGCUUUCGGCGAGAGCAACGGGACCAAAGGUUGUGAUCCUCCGGGGCGACUCGGACGGGUACACCACGUUCAAAGACCUACUGUCACAAGGCUCUCGGGUCGAUCCCGACCUCCUCCACGACGCCGAGUCCAGGGUGCUCCCCCACUUGGUCUGCAAUCUCCAGUUCACCAGCGGCACCACCGGCCUACCAAAAGCCGCCAUGCUCACCCACCACAACAUCGUCAACAACGCGCGCUUCAUCGGCGACCGCAUGCGCCUCUCCCCCGCCGACACACUCUGCUGUCCACCCCCCCUCUUCCACUGCUUCGGCCUAGUGCUCGGCCUGCUCUCCGUGCUAACCCACGGCGCCAAGAUCGUCUACCCAGCCGAAGUCUUCGACGCCCCCGCCACCCUCCGCGCCCUGCUCACCGAGCACUGCACCGCCCUGCACGGCGUGCCCGCCAUGUUCGACAGCCUUUUGGCUCUGCCGCAGGCAAAGCGGCUGCGCGCGUCUGAUCUCAGAUUGCGUACCGGGAUUAUUGCGGGCGCGCCGGUGCCGCGGUAUCUGAUGGAGCAGCUGGUGGCGCGGCUGGGCAUGGCCGAGUUCACGUCGAGCUACGGGCUGACGGAGGCGUCGCCGACGUGUUUUAAUGCGUUUACCGACGAUCCGAUCGCCACGCGGUUGGCGACGGUGGGGACGCUGAUGCCGCAUGCGAGGGCGAAGAUUGUGGAUAGGGAUGGGAGGGUGGUGCCGGUCGGGGUGCGGGGGGAGUUGUGUAUUGGCGGGUAUCAAUUGCAGGCGGGGUAUUGGAAUAAUUCGGAGAAGACGGGGGAGGUGAUGGUGAGGGAUGAGAGUGGUGUUCUGUGGUUGCAUACGGGGGAUGAGGCGGUUUUUGAUGGGCGUGGGUAUUGUUCGAUUACGGGGCGGUUUAAGGAUAUUAUUAUUAGGGGCGGGGAGAAUAUCUACCCGCUGGAGAUUGAGGAAAGGUUGGUGGCGCACCCGGCUGUGGGUAUGGCGGUGGUGGUUGGGCUGAAGGAUGCGCAUUAUGGGGAGGUCGUCGGCGCGUUUCUGGAGGUGGAUGCCGGUCAUGGGCAGCAGCAGCGGCCGGGUGUGGAUGAGGUUAGGGAGUGGGUUAGGCGGAAGCUGGGCAAGCACAAGGCGCCGACGCAUGUGUUUUGGUUGGGGGUGGAUGGUGUGCCGGCUACGGUGCCCCUAACUGGUAGUGGUAAGGUGCGCAAGUUUGAGAUGGCACAGCUGGGGAACAAGUUGUUGGAGGGGUCGACGGCGAAGCUUUAG